GAAAUUUUGAUGUUGCUUCACGUAAAAGCUUUCAUUUACAUUAUUUUGGUUUUAAUAAUAUCUGUAAAUUAUGAAAAAUUCUGGAUGUUCUGGGAAUUAUUUCCAAAAGAAGUUUAUGUUUCCUUCCAUGAGCUACUGAGUAGUCUGACCCUGUGCACUCAAGGCCUUUUUCACUGGGGCGAAGCAGUAACUCGAGAUGAAUUUGGUUGUAAUUUUUCUAAAGAGAAGUCAGAGUUAGUUAUUGGUAUUUUAUCAGCACCUGAGAACUUUGCUCAACGUGAAGCUGCACGAUCUACCUGGUUGAAAGAUUAUGCAUCUGACAAAAAAAACUCUGUUAAAGCUUGGUUUGUGAUUGGAAAUCACUUUUGCAAAAUACCUCCUGAUUACAGACUGAGUAAAUAUGGAUGUGAGAAAUGGAAUGUGAAUAUAUCAGAUUUGGAAGAAAGCUUUUAUACAUCACUUGAAAUGUUUCCUGAAACAUGUUGUUCUAAUCUGGUUCACAAUUUUUAUCCAGGCUUUAGCUUCCAGGUGCAGUAUCCUGUGGUUAUUUCAAAACUGGGCAUUUUAUCAUCCCUUUUUCUACCAAAUAAAAAAAUUAAAGUUGCUAUUUUAGAUAUUCAAACUAAAGAAAUACUUGUUCAGACGACUAUGUCAGCAAAUAAGUCAACUCCUGUUCAUGGAUACGUUUAUGCAGAAGUAGAGAAAUUUGUAUUACCAAAGCACUAUGAAGGUAUGGUAUUCAUAGAAGGCUAUUUAAAAACUUCGGUGUGUUCUAAGAUGAUUUGGAAUAAUGGAGGUGGAGUGAUUACUUACAAAAGGGUAUAUCCCACUGCAUCCCAUAUGGAUAGUAUUAAAUUUUCUUCUGAACAUUUUGUAGCUGCCAGUGUUGAGUUUUCCAUCCCUGAAAUGAAUAAAUUAAAGGAUAUUGCUGUUAGAGAAGAACUGAUAACAGCUGAAUGGCAUUCUCAUUUGGACAAUCUGAAAACAAAACUUGAACUAGAAAAACAGCAAAAUAAUGAUAUUUUACUAGUUGAUGUAACUGAUACCUACAGAAAUUUGCCCAGAAAACUGCUCUCAUUUUAUAAAUGGUUAGAAUAUGGUCACAAAUUUUCAUAUGUGAUGAAAACAGAUGAUGAUUGUGUGAUUGAUAUUCUUAGCAUAUUACAAAAAUUACAGAGUUCAUCUGUAUUUCAUUCAGAAAGACCAUGUCUAUGGAGCAGCUUCAGAAAAGAAUGGAAUGUGAAUUAUAUUGGCAAGUGGGCAGAUUACGAUUAUCGCUCUCCAUUUUAUCCAGCAUUUCCUUGCGGUGCUGUCUAUCUCCUUUCGCAUAAAGCUGCCACUUGGAUAAGCUCCAAUGCAGAAUAUUUGUUUCCAUAUCAAGGUGAAGAUGUGUCAAUGGGUAUUUGGCUGUCUGCCAUCAAUGCUGAUUUUAUUCAGGAUGACAAUUUUAAAUGUGAUUUAGAAUGCAAUUCUGAGAGUUACAAUAGAGCACAGCUAACACUGGAUCAAAUAUAUGAAGUCUGGCAUCUCUUUGAAAAAUGUCAAAAUUUAUGCACUUGUAAAUAAUCAGAGUUUAAUUUUCAUGUACUGUAUGUUAGUUACUUUUUUAAAUAUUCCAGAGUUCUAUUUAAAAUCAGUUCCAUAAGUAUAUUUUCAUAGCUACUUACUGUAUGUCUAUACUUCUAUAGUGAAAAAAUUCAUUAUUUCAAAUUUAAAGCAUUUUUUCUCAUUUUGAAACUGAUUUUAGAUGUAUGUUUGCAUUUCAGAAUCUGGGCUUUGAUUCUGUCAAAUUUAUUCAUAAAAGUUUUAAUAUUUUUCUGAAUAAUUUUUUGAAUGUGUAUCAGUUUCCGUAAUACACAUUCCGUAAGUAAAUAACAUUUACUUCAGAAAUGAAAUUGCAGUAAUCUAAAAAUAAUAAUAAUAUGAUUCUUUUGUUAUGAACUACAUUGAAAUUUCCUUAACUUGGAGCUUUUACAGAUGGUUUGUUUGCUUUCCAAAUGAAUGGCCUUCUUAUGUUCAUUUUCUUUUAGGGUUGCUGUAUACUUUGUGAUUUUAUAAAGGAAUAUUGUAUUUUUAGAAUUCACAUCCAUAUACGGGGUGUAACAGAAUUCACGGUUACAACUUUAAGAGGUGGUAAAAGUAACAAUUUCUGUAAUGCAGUGCAAGAGAGAACGUGAAAUGAAUGCGUUGAAAUACAGUGACAAACAUGGAGAACAAAAAGUAUUUUAAUAAGAAAUUUCUACUAGAAAUUGUAUUUAAUACUAUUCUACUUUAUUUAGUAGAUUUAAUACAAUUAUUAUUAUUACUUUAUUUAAUAGUAAUUUAAUACAAUUUACAACUAUGUAUUUAAAAGUUGGAUGAUUCGCUCAAGAACUGAUUUAAAGAAACAAUUCACUUUACUGAGUGAAUGAACAGUGAUUCCACAAAAUGAAGUAGCUCUUUUACAGUUCAUGGAAAGUUCUUUGUGGAAAUGUGCCAGGGAAGUUUGAUUCCUCCUAUGUAAACAGUAGCAUUUUUCUUUACUGUUUGCUAGAUAGGUCUGACUCAUGUGUGUGCGAGUGUAUGUAUUAGAGAUGUGCUGUUCAUUGAUGAACCGAAUCAAAGAACCAGUUUACAGUGAGUGAACAAAUGCCUGAUUAGUGAAAAAAAAAAAAAAAACUGCAGCUGUUUUAAAGUUUACUAACCAAGAAUUCUUACUGUAAGUGAUGCAGGAAGGCUCAAUUCCCAUUUUAGGGAAGAAAAUAAUGUUUAUCCUCCUAUGAUUAUGUGUUUUAAUUUUUAUCAUUCCCCAACAUUUUAAAAAUCUUUUUAUUCUGAAAUUUUAUUGUUAGUUUUAGGAAAAUACUAAACUGAAAGAUAUCAAUUCAGGAAGUUAGCAUUUGAUUGAAUCUAGUCUAUUCUUCCAAUACCACUGCUCAUUCAAUUCUUUCCACUCUUCACUCCAUUCUCGUUUCCCAUCUUUAUCAUUAAGGUUAUUAAUGGAGUCAUAAAAAAACUGAUUUACUUCAGUGAGCUAACAGUUCUGAUCCAAUCUAAUAGAAGACAGGCUUUAUCUGUCUCUAAUCUAAUGCCCUCAAAAGAUUCAAUCUGAAUCUCCUCAUUUGUUUUUUAUGUUCUUCAUAUUUAUUCUGUUUCGGCAUUCUCAUUUCAUAUUUCAUUACACAUUGUUUUAUGAAAUUUAUUAUUUGCAAUUUUGUAUCACCCAAGUAGAGACUAAAAAUUCCAUUACCCCUGUAUGUGGAAGACUUAAAGGUAGUUCAUUAUUAUAACAUGGCCUUGCUGCGAUUUCAGUAGAUUUUCUGGAUUUUCAGGCCCACUUUUAUGGAAACACUUAUUGGUACUACGGCUUUGCCCUAUUCUUUUGUAAAAUGUACACUGCAGAAGCGGACAGUUCUAUAUCUCCCAUUCUACAGGGCCGAUUAAUGAAAUUCAAAUUGCGUUUUUCAUUUGUCAUAAGCACGACUUAGAAUAUAUAUUGCAUUUAUAUAUAGCAUUGUUCCAACAUAGAUA